AUGGAAAGCAGGGACCCACAGGCCAGUGAAGGAGAAGGCAGAGGGAAAGAGAGCGAUGGAGAGAAGGACAAACAUCUGAAGAACCAGCUCAACAGCGAGGAAAAAGGAGAGAAGGAGAUCGGAGGAAAUGAGAAGGAGAAGAAGAAAGACAAACGUCGCUCCGGAUCUCUAUGGAGGAGCGGAUGGGCGCUGAGUGAAAGACUGGCCAUCAAUGUAUCAGGAAUGCGUUAUGAAACUCAACUUCGCACCUUAGCCCAAUUCCCUGACUCCAUGCUUGGUGACCCCAGACGACGGUCACGCUACUUUGACCCACUUCGAAACGAGCUCUUCUUGGACCGCAAUCGAGCCUGCUUUGAUGCCAUACUGUAUUUUUACCAGUCAGGGGGGAGGCUUCGAAGGCCCGCAAAUAUACCCCUUGAUAUCUUCAUGGAUGAGCUCAUUUUCUAUGAGCUUGGAGAGGACAUUGUGAACCGCUUCAAAGAGGACGAAGGUUUUCCAAAAGAAGAGGAGAGGCCGUUGCCAUCCAACAGACUCCAGAGAAAACUGUGGAUGCUGUUUGAGCACCCUGAGUCCUCGUCGGGUGCACGCAUCAUCGCUAUCAUCAGUGUGAUGGUAAUCGUGGUGUCCAUCCUCAUCUUCUGCCUGGAGACACUGCCCGACCUUAGGCAUGACAAAGAGGAGUAUCACGCUCAGUCAAAGAACAUAUCUGACAACAUGCCUGCUCCACCAAGUGUUUUCCACGACCCCUUCUUUAUGGUGGAAACAAUGUGUAUAUGCUGGUUCUCCUUUGAACUCCUCAUGCGAUUCGCUUGCUCCCCCAGCAAGAUGCACUUCUUCAAAGAUGUCAUGAACGUCAUCGAUUUCAGUGCCAUCCUGCCUUAUUUUGUCACUCUGGGAACAGAACUGGUCAAAGACAAUGAUGCCUCUCCAGCCACAUCCUUGGCCAUCAUCAGGGUCAUCCGGCUGGUGAGGGUCUUCAGGAUCUUCAAGCUGUCUCGUCACUCCAAGGGCCUCCAGAUUCUUGGUCAGACACUGCGAGCCAGCAUGCGAGAGCUUGGUCUUCUUAUCUUCUUCCUGUUUAUUGGUGUCAUCCUCUUCUCCAGUGCUGUCUACUUUGCUGAAGCUGACCACAACAAAACAGACUUUGUCAGUAUACCACAUGGUUUCUGGUGGGCAGUUGUCACCAUGACUACAGUAGGCUAUGGUGAUAUGUACCCAGCAACAGUGUGGGGCAAGAUGGUGGGCUCCAUGUGUGCCAUUGCUGGUGUUCUUACCAUCUCACUGCCUGUUCCUGUCAUUGUGUCCAAUUUCAGCUACUUUUACCACAGAGAGACUGAAUGUGAGGACCGAAGUGAAUAUACUCACGUCCAGACAAGUCUAUGGGAGGAUGAGGACCCUGAAGGCGAGGAUUUAGAGGAAGGCGAUAGAGAUCCAGAAGGAGAUUAUUAUGCCAAUGAAAGCCUCUGCAGCCCUCUGAAUGGGACAUUGCUUGGUGGACUGUGUACAGGACAGAGUAUAGAGUACAGGGGAGGAAAUAUGUAUCUGAGGGAACCUCUGGUUACUCAAGUUUAG